UGUUUUCUUCUCACAAAUCUCCACCUUGGAGCGCUCCCAGGCGAGGCCUACUUCUAACUUGACUGAUUCCUCGGGAGAGAUUUUCUCACAGCUCGACGAACGAACGUACGAACGAACGAACGAACCUCCGUGACGCGAGCAGACGGCUCUGCUGACUAAAACCGUUGUGCAUGCGGCCCGCACACACAAUUGUCACACAACGCUCACUCAUAGACAGUCUUGUCUUCUUAGCUCAAGUGUUGUGAGGUGUACAAGUGCACAAUUUCCCCCGACACACACACACGCGCGCGCGCGCGUAUGCACACCCACAAAAACACACGUACAUACAUCCCCACGCGCGAGAUCAACGGGAGCUCAGUUAGGACGUAGUAGUCUACACAGUGAAGGAUUGUUUUCUGUGCCUGAUUGAAAGGCAAGCAGUGUUUUGACACGCAACUUUCAAGACUAUUUUGUGACUUUUUUGUGUUGUGUUAUCACAGAAAAACAUCAGAGCCUCUGUUUCUGUCUGUUUUUCUAUGAGGACACACUGAUGCUCUGAAAGACUCUUUAUCAUAAUAUUAUUUUGUUCCUGAUUGGAAAAGAAUAUCCCAGUUCACGUGGAAAGAACAAGGCGGAUAAAAGAAAGAUCCAAAUAAACAAAGACAAAACAUAACAAAGAACAAACAAAGAGGAACAAGUUGUUUAGUUAAAACAACGUCAAUGUUUUAUUCGUCGUACGGUUUUGUUGUUUAACGUUGGAAAGGACAAUUACGGACAAUUGCCUGCAAGGUGUGAAGUCACUUUCCACGGGAGGAAGACAUUUCCUUCGGACGUGAUUCUAUUGUGAAGGUGUUCUUUCUCGUGGUAACAUCAUUCUUAGGAAACCAGCAUUGACCAACAAUAUUUUACACUUGCCGCCGUAACUUCAGAGCGCAUGACGUCAUAGAAAAACUCUCAUCGUCAUGAACGACAGUAGAGAUCGCAGUCGUUCACCCCGCCCCACCUCCUCCAAAGUUUCUUCGUCCACCUCCUCUUCCUCCUCCUCCUCCUGUUCAUCCACUUCAACGGUCGCAAAAAUGACCUCAUCAGCUCUCACCGCGCCUUACAGUCGUGAGCCUUCUGAAGGGAAACUGACCAUCGAGAUCCCAUGUACCAUACCCAUUUCCGGAAACGGCGCUGGGGGCCCGCAUGGGAGCAAAAAACAUGGCGGCUUGCCAGGAGGUCCUUUGGCGGGAAUUGGAGCAGACGACCCGAGGUUCUCGCAGCAGAUACAGGAGGCGGUCUCGCAUGUCCUUGAAGGCUACGACUGGUCGCUGGUCACCACACCAGCCCGGAACCAGAACGGCGAGAAAAGGAAGCCGCACAUUAAACGUCCCAUGAACGCUUUCAUGGUAUGGGCCCAGGCAGCGAGGAGAAAACUGGCCGACCAGUACCCGCAUCUACACAACGCCGAGCUUAGCAAGACGCUUGGGAAAUUGUGGAGACUCCUGAAUGAGGCCGAGAAGAAACCGUUUGUGGAGGAGGCGGAGCGCCUGCGGGUACAGCACAAGAAAGACCACCCCGACUACAAAUACCAGCCCAGACGCCGCAAGCCGCCCAAAGGACCCGGGGGUCAUGGAUCUGACCACUCAGGCCCGUCGUCCGGUGGUCACUCCAUGAAAUCGUCAGGGGGUGGGGUUAGAGACAGUUCUUCCCCCAGCGACGAUUGUUCCAGCGAGUGCUCCAGUCAGCAGGGAGGCAACUCCAACGGCCCGCCCACCCCGCCGGUGACGCCCAAUCAGCACGACGCGGUCAGUCUCAAGUGUAUGUACGACAGGAAGGGACAGAGAGGUUACAUCAUGGGUCCUUCUGGCCACCCGAUAGACUUCAGCCGCAUGGACUUGAGUCCAGAAGUCAUUGACCAGUUUGAUGACCAAGACCUUGACCAGUACCUUCCCCUUCCCGGCAUGCCCCAUCCCCUGGCUCACCACGGCGGCCACCACAGCGAGGUGGGUCCCUACAACGCCCCCUGCUACCUUGGCCCUCCCAUCUCGAGCGUUUCCUCUGCCUCCCCAGCUUGGGCCUCUGGCUACCGCAUGACCACCCCGGCGUCCUGUCUCCCGCCCUACAUGGCCCCACCACACGGGGCAGGACACGGCAUGGCGCCCUCUGUGGUCUCCGCGCCCUACGACCUGUCGGAACCGCCGGCACCCCCAGCUAGAUCCCCCACCAUCUCCUCCUCCUCCAGCGUAAGCCACCGAGGCGGACCCCAGCAACAGCCCCCACCCCAGACCUCUCCGCAGAACCUCGUGACCACAGACAAUUUCCUCAACCCGACCUCCUCAGAGUGUAAAUACCGAGGCGACGACCCAUGUUCAGUCAAACUCGAACAACAGCAACAACAACAACAGCAGCAACAACAGCAGCAGCAGCAGCAGCAACAACAACAGCAACAACAGCAGCAGCAACAGCAAGUCAGCAAUGUGCCCCCGUCUCACCAGCCACAAUACCGAUGCGACCCCAAGUACGACAGCCCGAGCUAUGCGUCCAGCCAGCCUCCCCUCCCUCGCUAUGGAGUGGACUCUGCCCCCAGCGCCUAUAGCCACAUGUCCGGGCCAUACCUCCCGCCGGGCGCCCCGGGGAUGUCAGCCUCCCCCAGCUACCAGUACUCCAUGGGUGUACACAGGCAAAACAUGUUUAACCCGAUCCCCGCCGCCGUGCCCUCAGAGCAAGGAUGGGAGCAAUUUGGUUAGACAUUUCCAGAUUCAAGAUUGACCCUUCGUCCAAAUCGAUUGUCUUGAGAAGAAGUGACUGAACAUUUCUUAAGUUCUGAAAAGGUCGGAAGAUUUUUGUACGAGCAUAUAUCUCAGUUUGAUUGGCAACAACAUGACGCAGUGUUUUGGCAACCCUAUUGUGCGAGGAUAUGGAAGCGUUUCCGGUGCUCAGAUUUGCUCGCAAAUGAAUCUCAAAAUGACAGUCAGCCCUGAGCUGUCUGGAUGAUCGUUUAUAUUACGACCAAUAUGAUAUUUUUGGAGGUCACGGUUCCAGUAGCCCUAUAGUGCAGCACGUCAUCUCUGUGGUCUAGCCUUGGUGCUUUCAUCAAGAAACUAUUCAGUUGUGUAGCUGUAAACAAACUCCAUGAAUCAUGCAUAAACUUUAGUUUGAAGAACAAUGCUGCAACACGCAAGAUAUGAAAGCCUUUGUUUGGUCCGGAUGGUGGAAGUUUCUUGUUGUGACCACCUGUGUACAGAAUCCACGAUCCUGGUUGUAGAGAAGAAAAAAACAACAACCCUGCAUCGUUAUGGAGUCUGUCUUGUCUGUUGUAUUGUUUCUGGUUUCCUUUAAUUCUGUGGUGGACACUUGGGAGCUGUGGAUAGUGAUCGCCAGCUCCGCGCUCUCGUCCCCAGAGAGUAAUUAGGAAGUGUCACCGGUAUAAGAAGCACAAAUAAUAGAAUUUGCUUACUUAGCAUGGUUUGGGCACCAGAAACAACAGCAAGCUGGUCUUCGUUGCAGAUAAAUAUUAUGUUUUGUUAGAAACGCCAGCAAGCCAUAGAGAGAAACACGACGCUUUUAGCAACUUUUCUACACAGAGUAAACAAAGUCAAAAUAGAAUCAGCAGAAAAGGGCAGAAUUUUAAAAAAGCAAACAAUCAACAGGUGUCCUAAUGGAACAACGUGUUUACUGCAGGGUCAAAAUACUUGGUCUAAAAGAUGUUUGUUCGCGUACAUUUUGGCAUCUUCAAAAUGUGUCGACCUUUAAUACUUGGUAGUCUUAGCAGCCGAUUUUCUUUCUAGCAGCUUUUAUUUGCACACUGGACAUGCAGGACAUGUAUUUUGGCUCGGAUACAUUAAUUAUACUUUUAACUGCUGUAUUUGAAAUUAGGAAUUUGAAUCUUCGAAAUGUUUUGUCACACAAAUGAAAACUAUUUUCUGGGUAAUUUCUUUGUAUUCCGUUCUUAAUUGACUUUAUCAUUAUGGAAUUAUUCUCUCGUCUGAUAUUAGGAUCCUCACGUUUGUCACAUGCUUAAUGAACAGGUCAGGGAUAAGGGAGUUGCUCUUUGACGACGUGUAAAACUAUGGUAACAAAAUUUGGACCAUAAUUGGUGAACAUUUGAAGAAAUCAAGAGUACAUGAAUAAGGCUAAUUAAAAAACGGUUCAAUGCUAUUUUCUUUAAACAUUUGUGUGUAUUUAUUAUAUUAUCAUAAUUUGUAAAUUGAAGGCACAUUAUACUUACAAAUGCAAAUAAUUUCAAUGCCAUUAUUUUUUUUAAAUAUUGGACCUGACAUUGACGUCUUAAUUUAAGUCAACCGUUUUGCCUGGGUCCAGAGUUUGGUAAUAUGCAAGGGCAACCGCUAAGUUCGUUGCUUUUCAAGAACUGUGGCCAUCUUGCUGUUUUCUCUGUACACUUAAAUGUCUGCACAAUCCACUCAAAGAGGGUGUUUCCUGUACAUUAUGUAAAAUAGUAUUGCUAUUAACAUUCUUUUUGUUGCACAUGACUCAAAUUUGUUAUGAUGUUGAACUAUACAGAUACCAAUUUAUUUGUCUCACUUCUUGAUUACCACGAACGUAAUAUUUGUAUCUUUUGCAAUCUGCGUAUUGCCCUACGGAUUGACCCGUUAUCAUUGUUGUUGUUGUUGUUGUUGUUGUUGUUGUUGUUACUGUUGUUGUUUAUACUCAGAUUUCUUGUUCACACAGCGAAAUGGAUAAUCGUUUUAAAAUGCACAGGACACUGUAUUCUUGUUUGUUUUAUGCAAAUUUUAAAUGUGUAACAUAUACCAACCCGUCGCCUUCAGAGAAAGUCCAAGAUAUUAACUGCCUUACUCCUAUUUUCUUUCUAAUUAAAUCGAAGUUGCAAUUUAUUUUCAGUAACACCCAUGAAUAUUUUGCUUCGUCACCACCUCUGCGGAGAUGGGGAGGGAUGGUGUCGUCGUAAGGAUGAGGUUGAAUCUGUCAUAGAUUUCACUGAACACUUUUUGAAAAGCUGUUUUUUAAAUUUAGAAAUAUGUAUCAUCAUGAAGUAAUUAUACUGACAGUCGUGAGAGAUGUAAUAAAUGUUUAAUUCGAAUUCAAAGGGAAUUAGAUUUCCCUGAACUUGCGACAGACAAA